UAGACGUUAUAAAAAUUAAAAGCCUCAGUUGGUAGUGGUGACGCCUGUCAGAAGAAGUGAAAUGUUUAUUUUUCAAUUUUAAUGAAAAAUGAUAAAAUGCCGUCACACAAGCCAAUAAAGACGUAUGAGAAACGGACACGAAGCCAACAUUCCGAGUCCGCGAAGGCUUUUAACGCCCUCCUUGCCGAAAAUUUGACAAAAAGGCUAAAAUGUCGAAAGAAGAAAGCCACCUUAAAACUGAAGGAAUUGCCCCCACGGAUGCAGGAAUAUCUCACUGAUGAAUCGUUAAAAGUUUCUCCUAAUAACACUUUUGACAAACUCGUGAAGGGAAAAGUUUACAACGAAGUUAAAGUUGCAAACUUUGUCAAAAUCCAAUCAUCAGAAAGUGAAGCUUCCACUCACGUAAGCGUGUGUAUUCACUCACCAGUAAUGAUUACACGACAACGUAAACGCCCCAAAGUUGUCAUAACAGAGGCCCCGGAGCCCCCUAAGAGAAACUCGACUUUGGACAAACCAGUCACUAGUAGUUUAUCCAUUGAGAAGGAAAAUCAAAGCAAAAUGGACUUUUCAUCUUUAAGUUACAUCAAAUUACCGCAAAUUAGGGAAAAUGAGGUGUCUAAUUGUAAUCGCCGGCUUUUUUCAGACACAUUUCGUGAAAAACAAACCGUGCAUUCAAGCACUCCAUGUGUCACAGCUUCAGUGCGGAAAAUCAUCGCUGACCCCAUUUCACCCAUCACAAAAUCAGACUCGUCCAAAUUGUGGAAGAAAUCCAUCGAGGAGAUCAGUAAAUGGGAUGAAGAGUUUCCAAAAUUGGACACCCCAAAAGGGGCUGUUUUGCGCAACAAACGAAAAUCUGCAAGUUUUUGCCAAGAUUGGAAACUCACCUGCCAGCCGAAGGUCUAUUUAAAAGCAUCAGAUAUUUUAACGAGGUCUAAAAGCAAGAGGAAUUGCAAUGAUAGUUUUGAUUUCAAAGGAUUCACUGAGGAAGAACAGUCGAGUUCGAGCCAGGAGUGGAAUAUUACUAAAAGUAGGAUAAAGGAUUUAGACCAGGAUUUAGUUAAUUGGACUCAAAGUCAAUCAAAAAUUUCCGAAACCCCUCCUAGGAGGACCACCAGGAGUGUAACAAAAAAAUCAUUGGGAAAAAGGCCGACAAGGACAGUCCAAAGUACAGCCAAAACCCCCAAAAGAUUAUCAAGGAUUUCGGCCAGGAUUGCGCAAAGAAAGUCUAAAGUGGAUUCCUCUCCUCAGUUGAGGAGAACAUCAAAAAGGCCAAGCACUCCUCUAAAAAGGCUCUCGAAAAAGUCGGAACCUUCAACACCUCGCUGGAUGACACUGAGGUCCAAACGUAAAGUUUUAUCACUAAAAACAUCCCCGAAAAAAACACCUCAAUUGACCAAGGUUUCAAAACGAAAAAGUAAAGAUUUGUCCAAAAGUAACAAUUCUGUAUCUACAAGAACUCGCAGCAAACAAUUUGGGGAAACAGUUAAUGAAAAAGAAGUGUCUUGCAAUAGUACAUCGUUUGAUUUCUCAUCACCUAGUAAAAUAAAUGAUGAUCUCGAAGAAGAAAAAGAAGUAGAGUUACCAAAGAAACGCAGUUUAACAGUCAAUUUAAAAGAUUUUGAUGAUUUCACCCAACAUUAUUUCUCUAGGAUUCAAGUACCUGAAGUUAGUGCUAUAACAUUAAGAGACGACAGUGUUCUCUCAGACACAAAAGGAAUAAAAAUUGAACGUAAGUCAGACGUUCCAAAAUCAGUGUUAAGAAAUGGAAGUGUAACUUCACGAAAAUCGACUCCUAAUCCUUCAAAGAUCAUAAUUCUGAGCAGUGUUACUCUGCCUCCUCGAGGCAAAUCCAUUUCCCCGGAAAUGCUGAAAACAUGUCAAGACGUAUGGCAUGACCACUCCUAUUCGAAUUCACCGAAACAAGUAAGAUCGUCACGAUUGUCAGAUAUAAUCGAAUCAUCGAUUGGUAAUUCGAAUAAUCCGUCACCGAAAGUUUCUGUAGGUGUAACGUUUCGAAAACCAAAAUCGAUUAAAUUAAAUGCUGGAAAGUCGUAUAGGAGAUCCCUAUCGCUGCUUAGAAGAAGUUCAGUGAUUGUGAACGAGCGUAUUUCGGAGGUUUGUCAGCCUGAUUGUGGCUGUUUCAAAUGUCUGUUUCGGACUAAAAUUGAACCGAGUACGCCUGGAAGAUGUUCUGUGAUUGUACCUGCGGCGAGGAAAUCGUUUGGUGAUUCCAUUUUGGAGAAUUACGCCAGGAGGAGGAGUUUGGGUUAUGUGCAACAGGAAGAGAAGUAUAUCAACGAUUUGGAUGAUAGCGUUCGAAGUCUUUCGUUAGAUACGAGGGGGUCACUCUCUCCUAACCUACAAAUUCUCACUGCUAAAGACGUCGUCUUGAGGAGAUGCGGACAAACGGACAUUUUGCCAUUCGAACAAUGCUAUCCACGGAGUGCUCUUCAACAUUGCCAGAAAAUCGGGGAAGGCGUCUACGGAGAGGUCUUCCUCUACCGAAAUCCAAAUGGCGGCACUUCUGUCAUGAAAGUCAUCCCCAUAGAAGGCGACCUCAUCGUUAAUGGCGAAAAGCAGAAGAAAUUUGAGGAAAUUCUAUCAGAAAUUGUCAUUGCAAUGGAAUUGAGCAGCUUGAGAAACGACAAGAAAAACACCACGACCAGUUUUUCACAAGUACAAAACAUCAAAUGCGUGCAAGGAUGUUACCCUGAACGUUUACUAGAUCUUUGGGAACUUUAUGACGAGACAAGGGGUUCAGAAAAUGACUCCCCUCAAAUGUUCCCGCCUCAUCAACAAUACAUAAUCUUAGAACUUGCUAAUGGCGGCGAAGCAUUGGAGUCUUAUGUAUUUAAUAACGCCCAGCAAGCAUACGCCAUGUUUAAACAGACUGCAUGUGCCUUGGCCGUUGCUGAAAGCGAAUUGAAGUUCGAACAUCGUGACCUUCACUGGGGCAACAUCUUGAUCAAUACCGUCGAUAAAUCAAAAGUUUUGCGUUUCCGUUUAAACGGAAAAGAAAUCGAAGUUGAGACGAAUGGAAUUGAAGCAACAAUAAUAGAUUUUACAUUAUCGAGAAUUGAGUUUGAAGGAGUUGUUAUUUUUAACGAUUUGAGUCUCGAUAAUGAUUUGUUUGUUGCGAAAGGUGACUAUCAAUUUGAGAUUUACAGGUUGAUGCAAAAAGCUAAUGGGAACAUGUGGCAGCAGUUUCAGCCCUAUACUAACAUUUUGUGGCUUCAUUACGUUUUAGAUAAAGCGGUUAGUUCGGCUUUGCGCUACAAGAAUCCUAAAUCUAAGGUCCAUCACGAAUAUAUUACAAAAUUGAAGAAAAUAAAAGAUGAAAUUUUGACAUUUUCGAGUGUCGCAGAGUUUGUCAAAAGAAGUUUUUAACUGAUGACUAAAUAUAUAAUUUAAAAAGUUUGUCUUAUACAAUAUACGUACAAUUUUGUAAAUAACAAGCAAUCGUAAAACAUUUGUGUGUUUGUUUUGUUGCAUUUAGGCUACACUA